AUGCUGCACACCUCUGAUCGGCCACCCUCAGCAGAGGUCAGGGGAGCCAUGAGGAACCACACCACUGUCACCGAGUUUGUCCUGCUGGGACUCUCAGAUGCCUGUGAGUUACAGAUGCUCAUCUUCCUGGGGCUGCUCCUGACCUACCUCCUCACUCUGCUGGGGAAUCUCCUCAUCGUGGGCAUCACCCUCGUGGACAGGCGCCUCCACACCCCCAUGUACUACUUCCUCCGCAACUUUGCUGUCCUGGAGAUCUGGUUCACCUCGGUCAUCUUCCCCAAGAUGCUGACCAACAUCCUGACUGGAUACAAGACCAUCUCUCUCCCAGGCUGUUUCCUACAAAGUUUCCUCUAUUUCUCCCUGGGCACCACAGAGUUCUUCCUACUGGCAGUGAUGUCCUUUGACAGUUCCAAGUGUCCUUGGGUCGCCAGAACAUCCCUCCUCCUGAUGCUUCACACCUCUGAUUGGCCACCCUCAGCAGAGGUCAGAGGAGCCAUGCGUAACUACACCGCUGUCACCGAGUUUGUCCUGCUGGGACUCUCAGAUGCCUGUGAGUUGCAGAUGCUCAUCUUCCUGGGGCUGCUGCUGACCUACCUCCUCACUCUGCUGGGGAAUCUCCUCAUCGUGGGCAUCACCCUCGUGGACAGGCGCCUCCACACCCCCAUGUACUACUUCCUCCGCAACUUUGCUGUCCUGGAGAUCUGGUUCACCUCGGUCAUCUUCCCCAAGAUGCUGACCAACAUCCUGACUGGAUACAAGACCAUCUCUCUCCCAGGCUGUUUCCUACAAAGUUUCCUCUAUUUCUUCCUGGGCACCACAGAGUUCUUCCUACUGGCAGUGAUGUCCUUUGACAGUUCCAAGUGUCCUUGGGUCGCCAGAACAUCCCUCCUCCUGAUGCUUCACACCUCUGAUUGGCCACCCUCAGCAGAGGUCAGAGGAGCCAUGCGUAACUACACCGCUGUCACCGAGUUUGUCCUGCUGGGACUCUCAGAUGCCUGUGAGUUGCAGAUGCUCAUCUUCCUGGGGCUGCUGCUGACCUACCUCCUCACUCUGCUGGGGAAUCUCCUCAUCGUGGGCAUCACCCUCGUGGACAGGCGCCUCCACACCCCCAUGUACUACUUCCUCCGCAACUUUGCUGUCCUGGAGAUCUGGUUCACCUCGGUCAUCUUCCCCAAGAUGCUGACCAACAUCCUGACUGGAUACAAGACCAUCUCUCUCCCAGGCUGCUUUCUCCAGUUUUUCCUCUAUUUCUUCCUAGGCACCACAGAGUUCUUCCUACUGGCAGUGAUGUCCUUUGACAGGUAUGUGGCCAUAUGUAACCCCUUGCGUUAUGCAACCAUCAUGAGCAGAAGGGUCUGUAUACAGCUGGUUCUUUGUUCAUGGAUGGCAGGAUUCCUUCUCAUUGUCUUUCCAAGUUCCAUCAUACUUCAGCAGCCAUUUUGUGGCCCCAACGUCAUUAACCAUUUCUUUUGUGACAACUUUCCACUCCUGGAACUCAUAUGUGCAGACACGAGUCUGAUAGAGCUUCUGGGUUUUAUUGUGGCCAACCUCAGUUUGCUGGGCACUCUGUCCGUGACGGCCACCUGCUAUGGCCACAUCCUCCACACCAUCCUGCGCAUCCCCUCGGCCAAGGAGAGGCAGAAAGCCUUCUCAACCUGCUCCUCCCACAUCAUUGUUGUGUCUCUCUUCUAUGGAAGCUGCAUCUUCAUGUACAUCCGGUCAGGCAAGGGAAAUGAAGGGGAGGACAGGAACAAGGUGGUGGCCUUGCUCAACACCGUGGUGACCCCGAUGCUCAAUCCCUUCAUCUACACCCUCAGGAAUAAACAAGUGAUACAGGUGUUUAGCAAGCAAUUAAGCAAGCUCCUCUCAUAAAGAUAAGCUGGGCCUGAAUGGGGAAAAUUUGUGUCUUGCCUGAACCUCUACAAAUGCAGUUCUGUCAUGAUCUC